CAGCUGACCUUAAUCACCCACAACUUCAUUAAUCAGCCAUAAGUGAGAUUAGUGAGGAUCAACAUUAUGAAAAUCAUUACAGCUGUGGUUAUUCUAGGCUGCCUGCUUGUUGUAGAGGUGAAAGGCCAGGCUAGAGCUCCAAAGGGCAGGUGUUUUUGUGCUGGCAAAGGUGUGAAAAUGGUUCCCCCAAAACUGAUUGAGAAGGUUGAAAUCAUACCACCAAGUCCCUCUUGUAAAAACCAGGAGAUUGUUGUUACUCUGAAAAAUAGUACAGAGCAGAAAUGCUUGAAUCCAGAAUCUAAAUUCACACAGAAAUACAUAAUGAAGGCUGUUGAAAAGAGGAGCCUGCAGAAGUGAUAGCCUGAAAUAUGAAUCCAUAUGAGCUAUUGUUAAGUGAAGAACAUAUUAUGUUAACACCCUACAAUCAGUAGGCAACACCUUUAAGACCAAUCUUGAACUGAAAUUGAUAUUGCAAUGUAAAUCUUUUCCUAAUGUUUCCUUAAUGAUUUUUUUCCUGAUAAAUAUAAUCACUAAUCACUGAUAUACAUCUUAAAAUAGUAAUGGAAAACAUGCCUGAUUACAGAGUGUAAUAUUUACAGUCAUGCACAAUAAAGCUUUUGUGACAUUGCA